CACGUGGCACCGCAACUCCUAGCAGAUGUACGACAUCUGACGCUGCUGACUCAGCUCACGUUAUCCGUAUCAUGUGUACGACCGUACGAGCCCCUUGUCGAAUCUCUGCCGUACCUGAGCCGUACUCUGACACAUCUGCACCUUUUCCUCCAUGUACCAUCAACGCCGCCUCCGCUGCCGCCGCCAUCACCUCAUUCACAUUCCGGCGGCAGCGGCGCCGGCGGCGGCAAGUUGUCGUACAAUCAAGAUCUGUCUCCGGAUCUGGCUCCUGUUCACUUGGCGGCGGCGGUGUCGCAGUGCUCUCGGCUGGUGUCUCUGGAGCUCCCCGGGGAGGAUCUGGAGGGACGUGUACCCAUGGUGCUGCAGGCCCUCCCCGGUCUGACCCGCCUCUCCGCCCGGCAGCUGGGCCCCUGGGAGCUCUCCCAGCCGCACACCGCCCUCGCCUCCCUGCACCUGCCCAUGUCCUGGCCCGAGCACCUGGCACCGCUGCUGCCCUCCCUGCCGCGACUCAAAACCCUGGCGGCGGAUCUGUACAUCCACG